GGCCGCUAACAGGUGUUUUCAGAUAUUUCAGGUGUAACUCUUGUAUUUUUCAGCAAUAAACGGAAUAUUUUAGAAAAUAUAGUGAAUUUUGACGUCAUUCGAUAAACAAAAUAAGACUUGUAGGUUAUUUAUUUCAUCGGAAGAGCCUUCUCCUGAAAAAUUUGUAAUAACCCGGUUGAAUGUAAACAAUGAUUUGUCAUGAUCAUAUAUUGUCAUUUCAAAACAGUCAACAUUGAUACACACUUUAAACAGGAAGUGAAAUCAUGUAAGUUCAAAGUACAUAAAAUCGUUACACAUCAGCAUAGAAACAAAAACAAAACAUGCCCUCCAAAAAAGAGCGACUUGAUAUGCUUGCCCGUGUCUGGGCCACACCCACUCCCUUUGACAUUGACUUCUUUGAUAAGGGAGAUGAAAUUGUUAUUGUGUCAUCGUACAGAGACAUUGUACAGUGGUGGAUGAAUAUUUUCCAAAUCAUGUAUCCUAAUGACACAUUUAGGGAAAAAGAAGAUAUUAUUAAAAUCCCUGUGGGAAAGAAGGUGACACUGAAACUGAACAAAAGGACGGGCACCAUGAAAGUGUGUGGUAAAGAUCACCUGUUGUGGAUGACUGACGAAUUCCCACAUGUGCUGGAGACAGGAAAUGAUGAGGUUGAAGAGCUGGCAGAUGCCUCUGAUACGUCUGUCACCAGAUUUCUUCAGCUUGAUAAAAAUACCGAAGAGGUGCAGGAUUUGAUCGAUAUGAUUCCAGAAGGAGGUGGCAUCAUGAUGAAUGAUUUCAUAAUGAAAGCGUGGAAGAACAUGAUUGAUGAUUGGCUGGGAUGUGGAGCCACCCUGUUUGUGGUCACCCCACAGAUUGAUGAGGAGCGUUUAUUUCAGCUGUUUUUGUUGAUGAUCAGAAACAAGGGCACUGGCUCCCAUAUAACACUUGUCACACCGGAGAAAUCCCCAGAUGGAUUUAAGUUUAUGAAAGUGCUAAAUACUGCAAGGCGUAUGAUGAAAAAGACACGCACACCAAGGACUCAAAAAAGGCUUGUGUCAGAUGUGAAAAUGCACUGGGCAAUGACAAAUCUUAGCAUCCAUCAUGAAAACUUUUCUACAAACUUUAUUUCUGCUUUCAAAGAUGAUGAAGCAGAGGUGUUAAGCACAACGGCUCAUUUUCACAAAAAGCAUUUCCAUACAAAUCAAAGAGACAAUGUCAUGUACACACGGAUUUCCACGGAUGAAUUGAGAAGAAACUACCUGUUCCCCCUGGGGCUUAGUCCUGUGAACUACUAGCACUGUGCUAGAUACAAUGAGCCAUAUGCUAAAAAAUGGAAACACAAGAGUUUGGAAUCAUUUUAUAAACCUAAACUUUAAUGCAUGGUACUUUGUUGUUUGUUUCAUUCUUUUACUACUUUCUAACAUUUUAACAAUUGUUCAACUUUGGUAUACAAUUAAAUCAUCAAUGUA